AUGGCUUCAGCACCAGCAGCUCCCAUCGUCAACCCUGCUGAAUUAUUCUCCUUGGCAGGUAAGACAGCGAUCGUGACAGGCGGAACGGGUGGUCUAGGCACGGCGAUGACCAUGGCUCUUGCUUCCGGAGGAGCUGAUAUUGUAUCAAUCGAGCUGGCUGGCGAUCCAGGCGCUGAGAAUCUCAAGACGUCCGUCGAAGCAGCAGGCCGCAACCUCAAGCAAUAUCGCUGCGAUGUCAAAGAUUCCAAGCAACUUCGAGCCUGCUAUGAGAAGAUCUGGGCAGAUGGAAUCAAAGCCGACAUCCUACUCAACUGUGCUGGAAUCCAGAGAAGAGCGGAAGCUGAAGAUUUUACCGAUGAGCAGAUCGAAGACGUGUUGGACAUUAACUUGAAGGCGACACUUGUGAGCUGUCAAGAAUUUGCGAAACCCUUGUUGAAAGAAGGUCGACCGGGCAAGAUCAUCAAUAUCGCCAGUAUCAUUUCUUUCAUCGGCGGAAAGAAUAUCACUCCGUAUGCUGCCUCAAAAGGGGGCGUGAUGCAGCUCUCGAAAGCUUUCAGCAACGAGUGGGCGAGCAAGGGCAUUAAUGUGAACUCGAUUCAUCCUGGAUACUUUACUACGCCAUUGACUGAGCAGUACCAGACUGAUCCAAAGUAUAAAGCUUUCAAUGAUUAUGUCAUAAUGCGAACACCAAUGAAACGCUGGGGCAAUCCAGUCGACUUAUCCGGUGCUGUGAUCUUUUUGGCAAGUGGAGCGUCCGAUUUCGUAUCAGGAACAGGCAUCACAGUCGAUGGUGGUUGGACAGGACAUUAA